CUCACUGGACCAAAGCUCUCUGCGGUCAGUGGUCCGUUUCCCGUGUCUGCUCUGCAUCCUCCGCGCCUAGCCUAGCACCUGGCACACGUGAGGAUGGACGAAAUGGCUGAGUCCACCGCUCUCCGAGGACUGACCUGCGCACCUAUGGCUCGGGCCUUCGAGGACGAGGGCUUGUCUGAGCCCUGGGAAUGGAAGCAACUCGCCCGGGAGCAGCGGGCCCUGUCUGGACAUAAUGGGGAAGAAAUGCAGGAAGGAACAUGGCUUCCUCGGCUCUCUGAAGCCACAGGAUACCGAAGUUGGCAUUUAUUGAGUGUUUCCUGUGCCUGAAAUUCCGGCUCCUGGCCCCAAGCUGGAGGAGACUUGGCCAACAAGAGCAAGAAACGCCUCAGCUGUGCUUUCUAGCUCUGAGAUAGAAAAUGUCUGCGGACGGCAGAGGCAUCCGGGCUAACCAGGACAAGGAGAGAGCCCAAGAGACUCCAGGUCAUGGGCAUUCUUGCCAAGAAAUGCUUUCCGAGUCAGAGGGGACAGUGCCAUCGGGAGCCGCUCGGGAGUCACCCCACAUCAAGAUGGAGCCAGAAGAGCUGCACCCCGAGGGGGCAUCGCAGGAGGCCAGAGCUCAAGGAGCGCGGGGCUGGGUGUCCCUAAGCCAGGGCUCUAAGGAGAAGGCGCAUUUCCUGCCUGGCGGAGCCCUCCCCUCCCCCCAGAUCCCUGUGCUCUCCCGGGAGGGGAGGACCAGAGACCGGCAGAUGGCCUCGGCACUCCUCACCGCCUGGUCCCAGAUGCCAGUGACCUUUGAGGACGUGGCUCUGUACCUCUCCCGGGAGGAGUGGGGGCGGCUGGACCACACACAGCAGAGCUUCUACAGGGAUGUCCUGCAGAAGAGGAACGGGCUGUCCUUGGGGUUUCCCUUCAGCAGGCCUUUCUGGGCCUCUCAAGUGCAGGGCAAGGGCGAGGCCUCGAGCUCCAGCCGGCAGACGGGAGAUGAGGAGGAGAAGAGAGGAGCUGUGGAGGUGGGCAAGGAAGAGCUGGCCCCAUCCUUGGGAGCCCUUGGGGAUGUGAAGUCCUUCAAAAGCAGGGUGGGGAGAGCCCAGGGGGUCCCCCCACAGUGCGAGCAGCGAGCAGUUGGCGGUCAGAGCUCAGGGCCCUCCAAGGACGAUGUGCAGCCAGGUCCCGUGGAGGAGGCACAGCCAGAACCAGCCCCACCUGACGCUGGCCUCCCGAAAGCCCAGGAGGGCUGCUUCCCAGAGCAACCCAGAGAGGGGGAGACGUCCGCCCCCGAGAGCAGAGAGGAGGGCCUGGCCCCUGACAGCGAUGCCAGCAAGAAGACCUACAAGUGCGAGCAGUGCGGCAAGGCCUUCAGCUGGCACUCGCACCUGGUGACGCACCGGCGCACACACACGGGUGAGAAGCCCUAUGCCUGCACAGACUGCGGCAAGCGCUUCGGCCGCAGCUCGCACCUCAUCCAGCACCAGAUCAUCCACACCGGCGAGAAGCCCUACACCUGCCCAUCCUGCUGGAAGAGCUUCAGCCACCAUUCGACGCUGAUCCAGCACCAGCGCAUCCACACGGGCGAGAAGCCCUACGUGUGCGACCGCUGUGCCAAGCGCUUCACCCGCCGCUCGGACCUGGUCACCCACCAGGGCACCCAUACAGGCGCCAAGCCGCACAAGUGCCCCAUCUGCGGCAAGUGCUUUACGCAGAGCUCGGCCCUGGUCACCCACCAGCGCACCCACACCGGGGUCAAGCCCUACCCAUGCCCCGAGUGCGGCAAGUGCUUCAGCCAGCGCUCCAACCUCAUCGCCCACAACCGCACACACACCGGCGAGAAGCCCUACCACUGCCUCGACUGCGGCAAGAGCUUCAGCCACAGCUCGCACCUCACCGCCCACCAGCGUACCCACCGUGGAGUCCGGCCCUACUCCUGCCCCCUGUGUGGCAAGAGCUUCAGCCGGCGCUCCAACCUGCACCGGCACGAGAAGAUCCACACUGCGGGGCCCAAGGCCCUGGCCAUGCUGGUGCUGGGGGCGGCCGGGGCUCUGGCGGCACCCCCGCCGGCCCCCACCUAGGAGGCCGGGAAAGAGGGGCGGGGAGCCGGGAGGGAGGGGAAGGGGUGGGGGCAACUGCUGCAGGAUGUGACCUGGGAGGCCCAGGAAGGGAGCUGGGGAGGUGCUGGCAUGGGGGUGGGGCAUGGAAACAGGGGAGGAGCUCUGGUGGGGAGCAGGCAGUCUGGCCACAAAUUAAAGGCCUUGGAAUUCCAGCGACAGCCUAUAGCUCUGUCUCAUGGGGCCCUGGAGGCUGACCCCCGACUUUCUGGGGAAGGGGAGGCUCCUGAGUCAACCCAGUGUGUCCUCACUCAGCCCUGUGGGGGCUUGGGCAACUUCCUCCCCAGCCUUCACCUGGCUUGCGACCCAUUGUGGAGCCUAUAGCAAAGGCUUCUGAGCACAGAGGUUUUCCAGACCUGAAGCCAACUGGCCACUUCUGAAAUCGACGCAGUGGGGUGGUCUGCUGCUGUGGUCACUCAUCCCAGGCAUUGCCCACUGAGUUCUGGACCCUUCCUUGGCUCUUCCCUUUGGGAGCCAGGAGCAAGGCCGAGCCAGCAUGGGAAUUCAUGCUCAGUGUCUCCUGCCCUCCCAUCUCCUGUCUCAGGCACCAGGGCCUGCAUUUUGUGACUGGACAUUUUCACCUGUGUCCCUGGGGACCCAACAAUAAUCCAGUGAGGAUUUCUCACUUACCAGGGACCCCUGCUCCUUCUGGUCCUUUCUGAGACUGCUGCCAGCUCCCUCUCCUACUUCUCACCUCCUUGGUCUCUUUGCACAUGUCCUUUAUAAUUGGCCCUACCUGCCCCUGCCUGGCUGUUUUACUCCUGGCCUUCUGGUUUUUUUAGCUCUGAAGUUUCCCAUUCUCCACCUUCCCACCCCCCGUCCCCGGGGAGGGCUGGGCUCAGCUUGCUUAUUAUCCUAGGUUUGCUGCUCAGCUUUCACAAUUACAUUCAGUUCUGACACCAAAUGACCUUGAGGAUGUCUGCAUCAGGGAGGCUGUUGGGACCCCACCUGUCUCUGUGGAUCACAGGGCCAGCAGGGCGGUCGCAGCCCCAGUUAGCUCCCAGCCAAUAAGGGAUGAAAUGUCUUGAACAGGAUAGUGAACUGAGAAUAGUAAUAAUAGCUGCCAGUUGCAGCUGCCGUGUCAGGCGGGGGGCCAAGCUCCAUAUGUAUGUUGCCUCAACUGUUUACAACUGUGAGCAGUGGGUUUUAUCUCAGUUUUAUAGAGGAGGAAACAGGCCGAGAAGUCCAAUAACUUCUCCAAAGUCAUUCAACCAGAGAACUGGAAGCUGGGGCUCAGGUCCAGGGUUUUUAUCCUGUAAAGAAUACCUGUAUUUCCAUGCACCCGCACAGCUACUAUCUGUCUAAUUAGUAGUGCAUGAUAUUAUGAGGCAGGGCUGCCUAAAAAGAGUAAGACAGACAGUAGACUUGACCUACAGGGGUGCUGGACUCAGCUGGAGAUGGGGGGGGGGGACAUGUAAUUAGCUGGUCACCAGGAAGCUGCUGGCUAGUGGGGGCCCAGGCAAGACUUGGUGGCGUCUAGGGUUGGGCUGUUGGCAGGGGUGGUUCAAUUGGUUGCUCUUUCUCGAAGAUGUGAGAAAGAAAGUUUCUACCCUUCAGUUUGUCUUCGUGGUGCCAGUCACUCAGCCAGAAAUGGGGUUUCUCUGCUUGGUUCAGUGUGAGGGGCUCUUACUCACAUAAAGCAGGCUCACUGCUCCCAGGAGCUCAGGGGUGGGAAGGAGACUUGUUAAAAUGACACUGGGAGCUGUCAUCAAUUCGCCGAGCUUAGCACAGAGUACUAAUUUGCCCAGUGGGUAUUUGCUUGCUUUGAUUUCAGUUCCUUGGGCCACGUGGCCCUUGUGUCAGGACUUGAACCACCCAGAGGUCUGUGGAAUGAGCCAGGGCCUCUGAGGAGCUCAGAAACCACAGUAUCCAGGAGAAACUCUUUUGCCUUUUCAUAGCGCAAUGCAGAGAGAUAUGAGUCCAGGGACCCCAUGAGUCUGUCCACUUCACCCUAGAGAUCCAUCCAGAGGCCACCAUUCUGGGAUAGACCUAGCUAGAGCAUUUUAAGAGUGGAAUUUGGCAGUUUGGGAACUAUUUGACAAGAACAGCCAAGACAAGAGGUAGCUGGAGCGUCGUGAAGGGGCCUAGACUGUCAGGCUAAAUGGUGUUCAUGAUUUGGUGGCUGAUGGAGCGUCAC